CACCAGGGAAACCAAUCGCUGCCCGAUCGCACGUCAGCGGGAGGGAAGCGGAGGUCGAGGGGCGGGGCUGAGCGAUUGGAGCUGCCUGGCCCCUGCGUGCCCUGCGCGCUGCGAGCUCUUGGCGCCUGCGCAGUGCGCUCCCUUCCCUUUCUGCCUCCGCUGCCGCCAUGGCGCCCGUGAAAAAGCUUGUGGCGAAGGGGGGUAAAAAAAAGAAGCAGGUUUUGAAGUUCACCCUCGACUGCACCCACCCUGUAGAAGACGGGAUCAUGGAUGCUGCCAACUUUGAGCAGUUUCUCCAGGAGAGAAUCAAAGUGAACGGGAAGGCUGGGAACCUCGGCGGAGGGGUCGUCACCAUCGAAAGGAGCAAGAGCAAGAUCACCGUCACCUCUGAGGUGCCUUUUUCCAAAAGGUAUUUGAAAUAUCUCACCAAAAAAUAUUUGAAGAAGAACAAUCUACGUGAUUGGUUACGCGUAGUAGCUAACAGCAAAGAGAGCUAUGAAUUACGUUACUUCCAGAUUAACCAGGAUGAAGAGGAGGAGGAGGAUGAGGAUUAAAACGCAUUGAUCUGGAAUAUUUUUUAUGAAUUCAUGAAUAAAAUUUAGGAACAAAAACCUGUGGUU